CUGUACACGCCCAGCGUUCAACACUCACUCACCUACUGCCUACUCUACUUGGCUCUCUUUGCUGGUCGCACCUUCUCUUCUUACCCUGCCGCUCCUUCGCUGUUGCUUGCUUCCCCGACUGGAACAUCGCCACCCUCACCCCGUCCCCGGUCUUACUCUCUCUAUUCCCCCGUCCAUGCCACCACCUCCAUUCGCAUUCACAUCGCCACAACCACAAAAUCCUCCCGCUCCCCUCCUCCGUCUUUCGUCAUAUAAUCCACCCACCACCUGCGCAUAAUAAUACCCCGACUCACCUUCGCUGCUCCAUCGUCUCACCGCCGCGCAUGAAGAAAAUCCCCGCCACGACCGCCACCACCUUGCCCCGGGAUCCUUCUCGUCCUUCGCAUUGAUCAAUCGCUACGCCGCUGCUUCCAACCACAUCAUCUCGUCACCCAACACUGCACUGCCCUCACCAUGGUCAAUCGUCCCGAGCGCCCGGACAAGAUCGAGCUGCGCUCGCACUCGUUCGACCCGGCUUCCAACAACGCCAGCAUGACCAACCUCUCCAUACAAGAUCUCCCCAGUCCGCGUGCCGGCGAGGUGCCCCCCGCACUGUCCCCGCUGGAUGCUCUCGCCCUGCAAGGACGCCUGCUGGCUCGUAGAUUCGAGCACGACGACAAGACCGGCCGCCGCCUCAGUCGCCUCGCUCCCCUCACCAUCCAGCAUGAGUUCGGAAACCGCCCGGGCUACUUCUCCUCCCUCUCCAAUUCCACCGUCACUUCGCCCAGCGAGGAGAUGCCACCCGUGAGCCCGGGUCAACGCCCGGUUUCUCCAAACGAGCAGGCCUCCAACAAGCACAAAUCCUUUUAUCCCCAGUUUGGCAACGACGACUCCACUUAUGAACCUCCGCUACCCUACAUGGCCAACCUUCCCCCCAUCGGCGAGCAAUCCCCGCAGAUGUCGCCACCUGCUGCCUCGCAGGGUUACUUCGACGUGCCUAGGACGCAUUCGCCAGAGCCAGCCAUUGGCGUGCAGGAGGCAACUCCCGUAUCACCCAUGAAGCAGCAGUCCCUCGACAUCCUGCAAAGACAGCAUUCGCGCCCAGGCCUGUUACCGCCCAGAUCCCCAGCAUCCGAUCGCGCCCCACGAUCACCGAGAUCCCCUCGCCGGUCCCCGGGCAUCAGAUCAGUGCCGACAGAAGAUGAAGUCGAAGACAUGUCCCUGGGCGGGUCUUACGACUCGCUGCAGAACCGAACGCUCUCUCCGAGCUCAAGCUUGUCCCGCGCUCAUUCGCCCUUUUCUCCAAUUACCAACCCGUCCAUGCCUCGCUCGCCUUCACAGUCGUCGCAGCAUUCCACAGGCAGUCAGCUUCCUCGUCCAGCCUUCAACUUUUCUCGCCCUAUGAGCAGCGCGAGCCGACCCAUUGAACCGCCAGCCCGAGAAAUCCCAUCCCGCCAAGCGUCUGACGAUAGCGCGUACAUGAGGCCGUCGUUCGACUCGUCCCAUGCCGGACGACAGGAUUCCUUCGAUGGUCCCACUCCAGGCUACGCUAAUGACACAGUGCAUACGCCCAUUAGCAUGACGAGCGAGGACUGGCGCCGAUCUACCGAUUACUUGAACCAAGGGCCAAGCUACACUUAUUCCAAGUUCACUCUUCCUAGGGGGAGAAAGUUGGAUCGCCAGUCCGUCGGCGCAGAAGAGUUUCUCAACAGCCAGAUCGGAUGGGAACAGCCAAGGAACAAAUCUCAGGCCCGACCACCAUCUCCAGAGUCCCCCCCACGCUCUUUUGACGGCCCCAGACCUUCUGGUGAUUCGCGAAGCACCUCCAUCGAUCGAGGUGCCCCGUCACAAGCUUCGAGCAAUAGCACGGUUCGCGCAUUGCCAAGCACAGAAAAACUUUCGCCGCAGCAGCACUGCGAUAGAGGAAUCGAGUUUCACGAAGCUGGCGCGUUCAUGAAAUCGACUUACCAUUUCCGUCUUGCUGCGCGUGCAGGACACCCCGAAGCAAUGUUCUGGUACGGCUUAGCGUGCCGACAUGGGUGGGGGAUGCGCGAGAACAAAACCGAGGCCUUCAACUGGCUGCGCAAAGCCGUCGAUUCCGGCCAUUUGGAGGUUGCAGAAGACGAGCAAGUCCCUUCGACAGAUUUCCAACGCAAGAAGCAACACAAAGCUCAAUACGCCGUGGCCAUUUAUGAGUUGGGCAAGUGUUAUAUGAACGGCUGGGGCGCAAAGCAGGACAAAUCUCUUGCUCUGCGCUGUUACGAGAUUGCUGGUAACUGGGGCGAUGCUGAUGCUUUGGUCGAGGCUGGCUACAGCUAUGUCGAAGGUGUCGGUUGUAGGAAGGAUAUGAAGAAAGCCGCCAAGUUCUACCGCGCUGCUGAAGCCAAGGGCGUCAGCAUGGUUGGCAACAGCUGGAUCUACAAGGACAAAUACAUGGACGAAGGUUCCACCGUUUCUGACGCUCGAUCUGUACGCUCGGGCCGUUCGCUCAAGAAAGACGGAAGCUCCGAGAAGAAGCGCGACAAGAGCAGAACCCGCACCAUUUUCGGCCGCAAGAAGAGCAUCGCCACUUGA